GAGCUAGCAAGCUAACUAGCUGCUUUUAUUCCUAGUAACACUGCUAGCAAAUGGAGCCACUGGCCGGCAAAAUGCUGUCGACAGAUGCAUGUGCCCGGACAGAACAUCCUUAGUUUAAUUAAUCACUGUGGAUUUUUUCUCCCUGGAGCUGGAGACAUUCCCUCGACAUCGUCAUCGCAGAGUUUGACAGGACUAUAAUAUCCCCACUACUGUACUGUACUUAGGGGUUCUCCUCCAAAGCAAAGCAAGAUGGACUCUCAUUCGGCUCGUCCGUCUUGUCAGAGCCCAGAUGGGCAUCUUUGCACGAUAUGAAAAUGUGUGGAUGGAACGUGAGAGCACGUUAGGAAAGGCGAACGCGUUGUUUGAUCGCAUAGCUCGACCAUUUGUAACGUUAGUGUGCGCGAGAAGCUCGCUACCCCCCGCUCGGGCAUCAGCAGUACCUGAGAACAGUAGAGAGGCUAAACCUGUUCGCUGCUUCACUUAGGCGCUGUGCCGAGGGAUCCACUGGUCCCAUGGCUUCGGCCUACAUGCUGUGGCUUUGGCCACAAGGGCGGAUCGACUGCACGAUGGAAGUGAUCGGUGCGGUAGUACCAUGAAGGGUGGAGGUAGGGGAAAGGAGCCACCUGUUGCAGGGGAGAUCACUGGCAAGCGGCCAAAACGCAAAUGCCUGCAGUGGCACCCACUUCUCUCCAAAAAGGCUCUAGAUUUCUCUGAGGAGGAGGAAGAGGAGGAUGAAGAGGAGCUGGAGAAGCAGCCAGUGGUGUGCAGCCAGGACCAGGAGUCCCAGGUGCAGUGUGGAAGCACAGCAGUGGAAGUGGAGGAGGACUCGAGUGAACAGCGGGCCCGGCGGCCCAUGAAUGCCUUUCUCCUCUUCUGCAAACGCCACCGCUCCCUGGUGCGGCAGGAACACCCGCGCUUGGAUAACCGAGGGGCCACGAAGAUCCUGGCUGACUGGUGGGCUCUGCUGGAGCCCAAAGAGAAGCAGAAAUACACUGACAUGGCCAAGGAGUACAAGGAUGCUUUCAUGAAGGCAAACCCGGGCUACAAGUGGUGUCCCACCACCAGCAAACCAGUUAAGGGCCCUUCCUGUCAGCCAGUCACCCCCCGCAAAAAAGUUUGGUCUUUCUCUUCCAACUCAACAAAGGAUUCCUCCACUGCCAAAAAAGUGCCCAAAACAGUAGACAGUAUGCCACAGUUAAACUUUGCCAUGGCAGAUCCUACCAAGAUGGGAGGCCUUAGCAUGCUGCUGUUAGCUGGAGAACAUGCCCUCACAAACAGAGAGAUCCCUUCCAGCAAUAAAGCUAGUUUACCUGACACAGCCAGCGAAGGGAACGCCCUUCCAGGGGAUGAGGGAGAGAUGCUGUCUGGAACUACACCAAACACAGUGCCUGAGCUCACUCAGAGCAGGGUAAAGUGUGCCUCAUCCCCACUGGCAGAGUCAUCUCUCUCUGUGGCACCUGAAGGAAAACCAUGCAGUCAGUCUGCUCUCUUCCAGCUUGCUGAGAUGUGCUUAGCGUCUGAAGCUGGACAGAUGGACACUACAGUGUCUCAGCAGCCUGAGGCCUGCCCCUCUGCAGCCUCUCUCCAGCAAACCACAGUCAAAUCAGUGAACAAGGAGGAGACACAAGACAGAGACGACUGUCCCCCUUCCUCUUGCACAUCGGACCCCUCACCUUCGCUCUCCUCCGUCACUUCUACCUCCACUAAUGCCAUUCCCCCACAACUCUGCAGCCAAAACGCCCGUGUCAAAAUUAAAAGCAAGAUAAAAGAGGUGGCCAAGUCAAACAACACCGACGAGAUCCCCUGCUCAGCAAAGAAGAUUUUCAAGAAGAGUACCCAGGCAGAGUCCAGUGUGGACAGUGUCUUCAGCACGAUCGAGGCAGUGGCCAAAGGGGCCUGGAAGGACACAGAGGAGAAGCCCAAGAAGAAGAUUCCAAGCAGUCCUAGUAGUGGCAACUCUGGUGUGCCCAAAAAGAAGAGUAAGCCCAAAGUCAAGGUCCUUGUCCAAGACAAAGAGGAGGAGAUGGAGGAGGAUAGAGGGCAGGGUGGGCAGCACAGUGCCUCCGAGGUGGAAAUGACUGAUGAGACGAUCGAUGGCCGUCUCAAGACGGAGACAAACGUGGCAGGCAUGGGAAGCACAGACACGCAAGGCAUUAUGGCAGAGCCCCAUCUCUCCCCCUGCAGCCCCUCCUCUUCUAAGCUCAAAGAGGAAGACAAGGGGAAAGAGAGGUCAAGUGAAGGGGCCCUCGACUCCAACACAGAGAGCCACGGCUCCAGGAAGUCAGAGCGCAGCUGUAAAGGCGCUCUGUAUAAGACGCUUGUUUCAGAGGGAAUGCUGACCUCACUGAGAGCCAACAUCGACAGAGGUAAAAGAGGUGCUCUGCGUGCAUCUGAUCAUGAUGCCAACUGGAGCGAUGACAGCUGGACAGUUUCUCAGAUAGGAACUAAUAAUCCCAAGAAGCUGAAGAAGUCCAAGUCCAAAGAAGAAUGUUCACAAGGCCUAGGGAAACUGGAAGAGGAGUUUGAAAGAAAGUUCAACAGCCUGCCACAGUACAGCCCCAUGACAUUUGAUAAGAAGGGGACGGCUGUCACAAAGAAGAAGAAGCCUGACGGCUCCAUCACCGAAGAGGAAGUCACUAAGGCCGGGAAAGGGUCAUCUCCAUCUCAGAAAAAGACUUCAUUCCACAAGAUUGUUAGGAAGCAAAAACUCAAAAGGGAGAGACCAUGUGCAGUCGACACAGUAGUGGUGCCGAGUGACUCCACGCUAGAUUCAGCUUCAAAAGCCAAACCAUGUGCCCCCGUAGCCAUAAUGUGCCCGGACGUCCAGGGCAGCACAAGUAUGGAGACGCUAGUGGGUAGCCAGAAGAGGAAAGCCAGGAAGACCAAGAUCACACAUUUGGUGCGCACAGCUGAUGGCAGUGUUUCUCCAGUGGAGGAGGAUAAAACUCGGGAUCUGAACCAGGAAGAGGAUAAGAAGCCAUUACCCCAACAGAAUUUAUGCAAUGAAAAAGGUAGCCCCAGUAAUCCGAGAGUGAAGGAGGAGGAAGACGAGGAGGCUGAGAGGAGCACCGCACCACAAGAGCUACCUGCUUUCUUCAGCCUGGCUGCCCUUGCUGAGGUAGCAGCCAUGGAAAACGUUCACAGAGGCCAGAGAGGCUUGGCUGAGAAUCCGAAGAAGGAGCUGGGCCAGACUCCAGUGCUCAUCUCCUGCGCUGAUCAGUGAAACUUCUGCUGCUGUCAUGAGAAGCAACAACCAGGACAUUUGCAGUGAAGCUUUGCUACCUACACUGAAGGGAGACCCAAUCAGGAAGCAUUGGACCGACUCCACCUUACCUUUUGUGGUGAAUUUGCUUGAGCUGGGGUUGAUGAUGGGGGAGGGGGCAAUCUCAGUGUUUCCCCAGAGCGCCUUCCUUUGGUUUGAGUGAGGAUGCCUUUCUUUUUUCCUCCCCCCCCCCUAGUUACCCUGUUUGGGCCUGUGGAAGAAACACGCUGUAUCGCAGUGCAUGGCUUCCUGUGUAGAGAUGGUUGUCAUGGAAUUAUUGUACACAGUUGUGUCAAAUAGAGACCAUUUUAGUCUUGCGAUUUAAGAAAUUAUAGAGUUUUAGGUUUGCAAAAAACACUGCAUUGGUUUUCUAGACAAACAGCUUUCAGUCACCUUUUUACCUCACGCACACGCCUACUGAAGAUCUCCCUCCACCCCGGUUAGAAGACCUCUGUAUUUGAAUAGUGCUAAUCCCUCGCAUUCCUUCCAGCUUUGACCCAAAAUGACUUCAACCAGGGUAAACGAUCAUGAUGAAUAGCCUUUUAUCAACAACCCCUUGGUGAGUGUGUCUCUGUGGAGAACCAAGAAUUCAUGGCUGAGUAUUUGAUAUAUAAGUUAUGAUGCUACUCUAAGACAGUAUGUGGUAGCUACAAAUAAUCAUGUUAGACUGGAUAUGUCAGAGUAGACUUGUGCAUACUUAGCACCUGAGCUUGAGUUGGCAAGAGCUGACCCUCUAUUAGUAGGUUCAGUGUCCUGUCAGACUAAGGAGACAAUAGGUCGGCUUCAAAACUUCUCUGUGAUGAAAAGUGGUGUGAAAGUGAUUCAAAUAUAGCCUUAACCCGCCCAUCCCGACAUAGAACCAGCUUCUUGCUCAACGUCAUCACAGUCCUAAAGUCAGUGUAAACAUUUUAAAUGGUGAAAUGCAGUUUUGUCAGUACUUGAUCUUAUUGCAAUUUGCGUAGCAAUUAGAAAGGUUAAUUCCUUGUGUUAUUUCAUGGAAUAGGUGUUUUUUAAUGACAUAAACACUGCACUAACUUGUAGCUGAAGUUUGAGUUGCUCUCUGAAAGGUAAUAGAAUGCCUUGUCUCCAACAGUGACUGUUCCUCCACCAUAGUGUCUUGAACAUCCUCAGGGCCUGGAUAAAGCCAGUCUCUGGCAACAACAUGAAAACAUGUUUGUUCAUCCUAGUGGAAUAUUUGUGUCAUGAAUUAUGUCUCAUCAAAUGAGCAAUUCAAAAAACAAAAUGCAGAAGAAAAAAAAUCUGAUUUUGUGCACGGACAAUAUUAAUUGAAUGUGUUGAAAUCAGUGGGCUAAGCUAUGGUUGCUCACAGAGCUAAUGGAGACAAGGCAUUUGAUAACAAAUUCCCCUUUUUUGUCCCAUUGGCCUUUUGAGAUUGAAUUCCAGAGUAAUGGUCUACUCAGAGGUCAUAUGUAAUCAAUGUUUUUAUUGUUUAUAUUUAUUUUAUUUAGUUGCAACUCUGUGUUCUUCAUUUUUGGCUUUGUUUUGCUAAUGUUUGGUCCAAGUCAUUCCACAUGUUUAUUUACAGUGACCCAUCUGUGGGAGUGAGCAAAAUAAGGAAGGAUGCAGUUGCCCUGCUUAGGUCUUCCUAAUAAGUUGGAAGAGCUGCCACAUGCACGGAGGAUAAGUGAGUGCUGAUAGCCCUCGCCUCCUUCUGUUCUUCUGUGUAGACCAAUACUUAAUUUAACAUUUGAAAUUCACAUUUCUAACUUUUAUAGCUUUCUUUUCUUUUUAACAGUCUUCUCUUAAUGUGUCUGCAUUUUUAAUGCUCUUUUUACUAGGUCCUCUUUAUGCUUUUCCUACAGUCAGGUUUACUGGAUUAAGAAUGUUGUCAAAAAAGAUCAAGCUCACAGACGAUGAAUGCUUCUACACUUACAUGCUAAGCAAACAGGCACUGAGAAGACAUGCAGAGUCUAUACAGUGAGCUUGUCUCCUCACCUCUGGAGGGGUGUAUUCCACUGCGACUGCCUCACCGUUUCUUGGCUAUAUGUUAAGAAGUGUUCAGAGUCCUCCUAGACUCUUAACGGGACUGACGGAUAACAAAUUAAUGGGUCUUGGAGAACUUGCGUUUUGAAGGGGGAAAAUGUUUCCCUUAUCAAGGCAUUGUUACAUGGUAAUAAUGUUUUGCUAAUGUAGGCCCAUGUGUGCAAAUGGUACAGUACAUGCAACACAUCUAUACUCUGCACAUUUUUCCUUAUCAUCUCACAAACUGCAAAAUGUUUCCCAGGUAAACGUCAUGCUUUACAAUAAUCCUAAUAAUAAAUGGUAUAUUUAUUUUUUCAAAUACAAGAAAAAGCAACAUUAAGGAUGAUCCCAGCGGUGAAAGACAAAGAAAUGGUCUUCCCCACAAGAUAGAGAUAUAUUUGCGUAUAGUAAGUGAGUUUAAUGACAUUUGCCAAAGAAAAGGGGAAGUUAUAUUCAAAUGAAAAUCUUGUUCAAAAAAAAAAAAAGGAAGAAAGCUGGCAAACCAGUUCCACCUCAUUUCCUUGGUGUGUAAAUCUUCAGGUAACAAUAUCGGCACAAUUCAUCCUGUGUGUCCAGUGGGAUUCCCUCCCCUGGAUGUUUGAGCUCAGAGUUAGAAUGAUGUGCAACAAAAAGGCACCACUCAAUGCCUCUUUUAAUAUUCAGUAUUUGCACCUUAUGUCCCAAACCAAAAUGACCAUGGUCUUUGAAGAAAAUAUAUAAUUUUUACUCACUCAAUGAAAAUUAUGCAUCUUAACUCUUUUAUGAGAGAAUCCAGUCAAUAACAAAUCCGUCAAACAGCCAUAAGAUACUGUCAUCACCCAUCCCUCCCUUUUUCUAUCUAGAAAAGGCUUCUAUAAAGUGAAAUUCCUAUAUUAGUUACCUAAAUGAUUAUAAUACCCUUUGUGCUAGUACUGUCUUCUUGAAUGUAAUCAUUUUGUACCUGUAUUUUUCUAAUUCAGUCUUGAUUGUACUGUAUGUAUGCUAUGAUGGUAUACUCUUCCUUAGGUGCAUAGUUCCUUUCGGCCGUCAGUUCUCAUGACAGGAUAGCUGCUGUGCUGCGAACUCAAUAGAAACGUGUGGAGGUUUUAAGUCCAAAGGACUACCUGUACUGUGUGAGCAUCCAUGACACUGAUGACAAAGAUAUUCUUGCAUUUAGAGUGGUGGGAUAAACAUUUCCCCUGGUUAGCUACUUCUGUUUUUUUCCCCUUCGCAGUAGAAGUGAUAGUCUGAUCACAACAGUUUUUAGAACGAUGACGCUCUUGCACUCAGAACAAUUGAAUGCUUGAGUUUCAACUUAUUUAUUACUGUUCCUUUUUUAUAGAUUUAGGUGAAUAAAAACAUAUUAUAAAAUUAUACAACUGAAUAUGCAUCCAUUUAUACAUGAACAUGUAUAAGACAACCUACCCUUUACUAGAAUGUAGAUCACGGCUUCCUUUUUGUUUCUAAUUUUUGUGACGAGGUUCCGCCUGAUCUUUACAGUCUCUUUCCUCUGACAGUUUGUAAAACCUGUGCUUAAUCUAAUUCAUGAUACUGAUGACCAUCAUGAAAGCUGUGUUGUUUUGAUUGUUAUCGCCCAGUGGUUAAAUGCAGCCUUGCCUUAUCGGAAACCCCUGCUUAGUGAGGGAUCCCUCAGCCACCUUACCGCCACCCCACAACUCUUAUGUCAUAACACUGUUUGCGGAUGCAACUAUUAUUCCUUUUACACUUUCUGCUGACGCAACUACUUCUUCUUGAUCACCUAUUAAAAUAACAUGUGUUGCAUCUGUGUAAAAAGCUGUGUUCUUCAUGCUGCUUUGUUGAGUGUUGGUUCUUCUCCCUUGUGGCCUCAAUGGACGUAGGCUGUGGUGGAGUUUGAGCCAUUGCAUUCACACCAACUACAACGUUGGUUUAAAAAGAAAUUUGAGUAAAUAUAGUUACAUUGAUAUUGCAGAAUGUCAAAAGUUGCAUUGUUUCUUUUAUUAUAUUUGCUGAAAAUCUUGCAGAACCCAAACUUACAUCUUACACUCCAACAACUCACUAUAUCCCAUAGGUGGGAUGACGAAACCACAGCCUGUUGGCUCUUUUUAAAUGGCCAUGGGAAUUCAAUUUUUUUUUAUGAACUUGACUAUGGCAAUAACAAAUUACAUUGUACUAGUUUCAAUACAGAUGUCUACUAAAUCUUUAACAUAUUUGAACAGAAACAAAUAUUUACAAUUUGUGAGUGUUCGGUUUGUUACUUGAUCAUAUUAGACAAAUUCUUAUCUUACAUUUACAUUGCAAUCUUAAAGCUAGGUUUGGUAAUCUUAAGAAUUCAGAAAUGUUAAAUAAAAAGGAGUCUGCAUGUU